AUGGCGGGCUACGACGACAAUGAAACCAACGUAGUGGAGGAUGAGUACGACGACCUUGAUGAUUUCAUCGUCGGAAGUGACGAUGAGGGCGACAAUGUGGCCGAGGAGGAUGAAGAGGAGCUGCCCGAGGCUGAGGAGAUAGAAGUGGAAGAACAGUACGAGGAGGAAGAGGAAGAAGAGCCGCCUGCUGGCACGCAGGAAAUCCUUUCCUUCAGGGAGCAAUUGAAGGCCAAAUUAAGGAAACAACAUCAGUCUAACGGUGCCAACUACGGGAACCCUAGCUGCUCGUCGUCUGAUCAACCGCCGGUCAGGUCCAGAUUUGGCAACUUCUUUGGGCCGUCCACGCCAGUACUUGCUCCCCGGCUCAUCGAGGCGGGGUGCUCAUCGAUAAUGCAGGAGAACCAGAACCUGCCGUCCAGAAAACAUGCCGCUCCGUCGUCGUCUUCGAAGACACAGCCAAGUGCGAGCGCCCAUGAGCAGAAACCCAAGAUCGUACCUCAGGUGAAACGUAAGGUUGACACCCUUCGCAAGAACAGGGACUACUCGAACCUGUUCUCGGACGAUGCCGAUACCGCUUCCCCAACAGAGGAACACACAGAAAAUAAGCCUGUCAUGGCCCUAAAAUCUGGUGAGUAUGAACACAGUAGAUCUUUCCAGAGCCCAAACAAAUUCGAAUUUAUGUUCGAAGCUCAUCCGAUGAAGACGAAGCAUUCUGCUGCGACAAACAAGAAGGUGCUCACAAACCAUCCUGCCAGACCAUCAAAAGACCAUGGAUCCAUCCAGAACCACGCGCAAACAAACAAGGUGGUCUCUCAGGUGAAGAAGGAGCCACUCCCAAACGGGAGGAAACCGAUUGCUGCUGCCAGGAAUGGAUCCAGACCACCCAACGGCACCACCAAAGCUCGUCCAGGGUUGGAGCCAUCCUCAAAUGGCCAAAACCCGCAGCGCUCGAUGCAGAGCAAGAGCCCGCAGACGUUGCCUUCUGCCCAGCGGCAGCAGCAGCGGCGACCAAAACCACAGGGUCAGAGGCAGCAGAACUGCACCCCUCCUUCGUCGCAAAAGCAGCUGGCUCCUUCCUCCAAACCAAAGCCAUCUCCAACAAGUGCUGUUUACAGUGAUCCCGCAAAGAAAAAGGGUGUAGUGAAGAGGAAACUCAGUGACGCUGAGAAAGUUCGUCAAAUGGUCAGAGAUGUGUUCAACUACGACCCGGGCAAGUAUGGCAAGGAUGUAGAUGAUGAUAGGGACAUGGAAGCAGGUUAUGCCAGCAUACAGAUGGAGGAGAGAAGAAGUGCAAAGAUUGCAAGAAAAGAGGAUGAAGAGGAAUAUCGCCGGAUUCAGGAAGAAGAGCAGCGCGAGCGGGCGAAGAAGAAGAAGAAGCAACGUACAGAAUCGUAGACAAUUCCAUGGCUAGAUUGUAUUACCCUAGUCAUAUAGUGUUCUUUUAUAGCUUGUAAGUUCCAGGACAUCAAGUUAAGGACCGUCAUAUCUCAUGAGUACAAGACGUGACUACAUUUUGACGGUUCAUAUUGGUUCUGCAACAUGGUAG